GAAAGGAGGAAGUAGAUGAAAGCUUAGAGCAUAAUAAACAUACAAAAAAUCAGAAUAAAAGCCCAAAUUUCCAUCACAGAAAAGAAAGAUCAAACAAACAAACACCCACAGCCAUGGAAACCACUACUGAGAUUCUUCACAGCAGCAGCAGCAGUAGCAUUAGUGACAGCAGUAAUAACGAUAAUGGGCCAUGGAGCGCCGAAACAACAUGGGCAAUCGCUUCCGGGUCUCUAGAAAGCUCCGUCACCUUCGAUUCGUCCCACGAUUCUCCGGAACAACCCGAGUCCGAUUCCCCUCGGAAGUUGCCUCCGCUUAUCCUAAACCCUCCCGCACCGGAUUCUGGCCCCUGCGAAAUUAAGCUACAUUUGUUGCAGAAGUACAAUAUUCGGCAAAUUUAUGUUCGAAGUACUGCUCGUGUAUAUGAAGUGUAUUGUGCACAAUCUAAGAAUAGUGGGAAUGAGUACCUCUGUACUGUUCGCUGUAGCAUUGCUGAAAGAGAUGAACAAGUACUCCAAGCAGUCAAUGUUGAAGAACUUUCUAAAGAAUGUGUGAAACAUGCUGCCGUAGGAUUACCUGAAGAGAAAUCUUCUGGUGGAGAACAUAAUGCCCCUUCUGACGAUGAUUGGGUGGAGGUUAAAGUUGUUUCCUCUCCCACACUUGAGAAUGGAACAGGAUCUUUGUCAAAUGAGACAAUUUCCAACACAGAGAGGCACAUUCAGGAUUAUUAUGAGGCUACAGUAGAAAUCAGUGACUCGGACCCUUGCACAUCUCUUAUCAUUCGUUUACUGUCACUUCAGAAUAAAGGUGUUGUGUACAUUGAUGAAGUGUACAUUUAUGCUGAGCUGGUUGAUUCAACUGAUUCAGAAAGUCUGGCUCCUCAAGUAAAUGGUGCAACUGGAAGUUCUUUAAUGGCCAUGUUUGUCCCAACAUUACUUCAGAUGUCUAAAUCUUGUGUAAGUCCAACUCAAGGUGAACAGCCUUCUGACAAAUUGGGAAAGGCCAGUAAAGUGGAAAACUUACCAAAAUCAAUUGAUGUAAAUGAAAAUCCAGCUUACUUUUACCAAGGUCAAAAGUUCUGUGCUGAUCAGCAGUACAUAAAAUUGCAAGAUGUGGGUGGGUCUAAUGCAGAAUCAGUUAAAUCUGUGCUUCCUAAUCAGACUGUAAAAGAAGAUGAAUCUUUUGAUCCUGUUGUGAAAAAUGAGUCUCCGUGCAGUCGUAUUGAGAAAGUUCUGGAGCAGCUUGUGUCUCGAGUGAGCAGAAUCGAAGAAGUUUGUUUGAGGUUUGAAGAAAACAUGCUUAAGCCCAUAAACAGCAUGGAGUUGAGGAUUCAACAGGUUGAGCAACAGCUAGAAUCACUUACCAAGAACUCUCAUGAUUCUGGAUUUCCAACUGGCACUAGGAUUUGUGCUCCAUCAUUUUCAUGUGAAUCAAAUUCCAGCUCAUUCCAUAAUGGUGGGAGUGACUGUCAGCCUUUUAGGGGACCAGAGUUGGAAAGAAAGGAAAUACCUUCUGUUGCUUUUGCGAAUCCAUCUGAUGGCUUUGCUAACUCAGUGAAUUCCCCACGUUUCCUUCCAAGUCUUGUGGUCACUGUCCCCGAAUUUUCUUGCGGUGAUGAUGAGCAGGAUGAUGAUGUACUGGAAUCUGUCAAUGAAAAUAAUGAAGAUGAUGAAGUGUUAAAGCCAUUGAAGGAUUCAUCUGGGGAAAGAAGGAAAAUCGAUGAUAUCUUGGCUGCAGCACUUUCAACAUUCUUAUCUUCGGCCAGUGAUCAUCCUUCUAGAUGUGAACAAACUUCUAUGGUUGCUUCUGAUACUGAGAUAAUUAGCAAAAGGGGGCAAAUGGAAAAUCUUCAGAUUCUUCCAAGCAACGCUCAUGAAGCUGCUACCUGUAUAACAGUCAGUGAAGAGCCUCCGAAGUAUACCCAAAUAUUAACGGUUACUGCCCCUGAAUUCACUUCUGAGGAAAAUGGCGGCGAAGAGGAUUCAGUGUGUGCCCAGCCUCCUACUACUGAGGCUUCUAGUUUCGCUAGUAAGAAGAGUGAAGAUAACAGUGAAGUACCCUUUUGUGAUGCUGAAAUUGGAGUUUCUGAGGUUACUUCAGACUCAUCUGAUUUCUUUGGAAACAAGUCAGCAUCUGAUCUAUUAUCAAUCUCUAAUGCUGUUCUGCUUACUGGGCGUGGAGUUCCAAACAACAUUCUACCUGGUGAUGCCCACUCUGGAGGAGCUCAUGUUCAAGAUCAAUCUUUGCAAGAAAGCACUACCUUCAGUUCAUUGAGUUCAACAGCUGAUCAAGCCAAAGGGUCUGUGGAAACUGAUGUUUGUGAGACUAUAAAGGAGACUAAUCAAGGGCAACCAAGCACAGUUUCAUCACCUACAAAGAAGAAUGUCCACUCUUUAGGAGCCGAUGUGCAAAACCAUUUCUCCAAAGAGGAUACUACCAGCAGUCUCUUGGAGAGAUGCAUCAGUCUGUCUGCUGACAGAGAUAAGAACUCUGUACAAAGUGAUGUUUGCCAAACUAUUGAGAAAACUGGCAUUGACUCAGAUGAAAGCAAGGAUGUUUUGGAAAAGUACUUUGGAUGCCAUACAAGUGGAGGUUCUCACAAAGAAAGGAUUGCUGCUGGUGGUGCACAUGGUAUUGCUGCUGAAGGGCCUGAAAAAUAUAUGCUGCAAAAUGUUUCCAGAACUGGUUCUUUAGUUGAUUUUAAAUUACCCAUCUUAGAUGUGCAAUUUGCUGCUCAUGAAAAUUGCAGUACCCAGCCCCCUCUCGAAGCUCUUCUGAGCGAUCUGUCAGAAUUCAGUUUUGGUGCAAACUCUAUUGGUAAAGGUGGUGGUGACCUGGACACAGCAAAGGAAAUGGAUAACCUUUACAGGGACGAUUGUGAAACAAUAGAUCCGGUAACUAGCAGAAGUCUUUUGGUGGACUUGGGCAUUUAUGAUAUAGUUGUCAGUUCAGACGAAGAAAGUGGACAUGAUGAUUACCGUAAUACCUGCAAUCAUCAUGAAAUGGUUGCAAGUCUCAUCUGAGACUGCUCUCUUUGGAUACAAAGCGUUUGUGCAUAUGCUCUAUGGGUACCAGUCCUGAACAUAGAUUUCUUAUAUGGUAGUUAUAUGGUAAGCUCAGUAUUUGCAACUUUGGCUGAAUUUCCUCAUCAUCUGCCUGUAUGAGCUUCAUUCUGCCGCAGGAGCAUUGUCCAAUUGGGCAUUAGCUUGUUUAUGUUGCCAACUUUCAUUGUCAGGAUGUAAAGCGUAACUUAUUUACUUAAGGUUGGUUAAAUAUGAACACGAGUUUGAUGAUCAAUAUAUGGAUCCUCCUGGCUUGAAGCGGACAACACUAUCUUGGUCUGCAGCAGGUAAUUAGAGUUUA